GUAAAGGGGCUUGUUGACUGACGGAGGAUCAAUGUCUCAAAGGUUGAGCUGCUGCUUCGCCGCUCGGCAGGACACUGACCUGAGCUCAGCCCCGACUGGACGCAUCUGCCGGACCUGCUCAGGAUGAGAGCUGCUGAUUGGCUGUGGUCUCUGGCCCCCCUGGCCCUCCUGGUCCUGCUCUCCACGGCCCAACAAAGCGACAUCUGCAGCGCCAAACCCAGAGACCUGCUGCUGGAGCCGCGAUGCAUCUACCGGCAGCCCGAGCCGGAGAACCCCGAUGACCCAACGACGGAGCCCGAGGUCAUCCCGGGGUCCACCAACCCCCGCGUCUGGGAGCUGUCCAAGGCCAACGGACACUUCGCCCUGUCCUUCUACAAAAAGCUGGCCACCAGCCGGACCCCCGACACCAACAUCUUCAUGUCCCCCAUCAGCAUCUCCACCGCCUUCGCCAUGACCAAGCUGGGCGCCUGCGACCAGACGCUGGAGCAGAUCAUGAAGGUGUUCCAGUUCGACACCAUCAAGGAGAAGACGUCGGACCAGGUCCACUUCUUCUUCGCCAAACUGAACUGCCGUCUCUACCGGAAGAAGGACGAAACCACGGAGCUGAUCUCCGCCAACCGCCUGUUCGGAGACCGGGCCCUCGUCUUCAACGAGACGUACCAGAACAUCAGCGAGACGGUGUACGGAGCCAAGCUGCUCCCCCUCGACUUCAAGGUGAACGCAGAGAAGGCCCGGAUCACCAUCAACGACUGGAUCGCCAACAAGACGGAGAACCUAAUCCAGGACACGCUGCCUGCAGGGGCGCUGGACUCGGAUACGGUCCUGGUUCUGGUCAACACUAUCUACUUUAAGGGUCAGUGGAGGAACAAGUUUGACAAGGACAACGUUUUCGCCUCAGAGUUCCACGUCAGCGAGAGCCGGACCUGCCAGGUCAACAUGAUGUACCAGGAGACCAAGUUCAAGUACAAGAACUUCCCCGACGACCAGGUGCAGCUGCUGGAGAUGCCGUACCGCGGAGAGGACAUCACCAUGGUGAUCGUGCUGCCGAGCAGAGACACGCCGCUGAGCCAGGUGGAGGAGAAUCUGGACCUGAGGAAACUCAACGACUGGCUGACCCAGAUGGAGGAAACCAAGGUGUCGGUCUACGUGCCUCGCUUCAGGGUGGAGGACCACCUGAGUCUGAAGGAGAAGCUGCAGGAGAUGGGACUGAAUGACCUGUUCAACGCCGACAAGGCCAGCCUGCCAGGGCUGCUGGAGGACGGCAGCGACGGCCUCUACAUCUCGGACGCCUACCACAAAGCCUUCCUGGAGGUGAACGAGGAGGGCAGCGAGGCGGCGGCCGCCACGGCCGUGGUGGCGUACGGACGCUCCUUCAACUUCAACCGCGAGAUCUUCCAGGCCGACCGGCCGUUCCUGGUGCUCAUCAGGGAGUCCACCAUCAAUGCACUGCUGUUUGUCGGCCGAGUGGCCGACCCCUGCAACCAAUAAAAACUUACCCACAGACGCGGCUGCCAGCAUCACCUCUGCUUUCAUUUCACAAUCUUCCAAUUAAAAAGAUAAGAACUGUUUAAGAA